GCUGCCGCGGCAGGUUCCGCUUGGCGCAGCGCACACUCCUCGGCCUUGGCAGAGUCCUCCAGCGGGAGCGGGCGGCGAGCGAGGCGGUGGAUCGUCUACGGUGACUUUCAGCUGAAUCGGGACACGAGCUCCUCAAGGACGACAUUGUGUUCUUAGUUGGUGAGGAGAAUAGACGAGAUCAAUGUGGGGCAAUCAGUUUCAGUCUGCGACCAAGGCAGGUGUUCAUGGCGGCCAGCAACAGUCGCUGCUGGGACCUGGGCCUCCAUCCUUACAACAGGCACUGCUACAGGGCCACGGGCAGGCGGGCCAAUCGCAGAAGCAGCGUGUGUUCACAGGAGUAGUCACAAGUCUUCACGAUUACUUUGGUUUCAUUGAUGAGGAAGUGUUGUUCCAUCUGAAUGUGGUGAAGGGACGGAUGCCCCAGGCUGGGGAGCGAGUGCUGGUGAAAGCUGUGUACAACCCCAGUCACUCAGUGAAGUGGAAUGCACUGAAAGUCCAGGUGCAGCCUACACAGAGCCCUUCGCACAUGUUGUCUGGUCAGAAGCAAGGGAUCCUAGGAGCAAAGCCCCAGCCACAGCCUCUACUCCAAGCUCCACGCAUUCCCUCCUUGUUAUCCUCACAGCCACUGCUUUCCCAGCUUCCUCACAAACCUGGUUUGCUGCAGCCUUUGGUUCACUUGGGUCCACAUGCCCAGCUUGGCCGUAGGCUGGAUUUGGGACUGCGGUCAAUGGGGAGGAAUGGACGAAUGGACAUUGGCCGGAGAGGUGACAGGAGAGACAAUUACAAGCGCAUGGGUGGCCAGGGCAGCUCCCAGAAACGGUACCAAGAUAUGGCAUCAGGGGAAGGACCAGCAAAAAAGGCACGGCAUUACAUCCCCUCGUACAGCGUGCAGUAUGCCCGCUUCUCCCUGGACAGCUCUGCUUGUGAUGCAAUCGAGGUCCAGCGCCGAUAUCCUUGCCUCCAUAUCCCAGAUACAUUCUUCGAUAGCAAGCUGUGCUGGGUCAAUACAUUUCCAUUGAGUGAACCUUUCCAGUUGGGACAGAAAUGUGUAUUCCAUGUGAUGGAGGAUGGAUCGGACCUGGCUGAGGGACAGGAGAGUUACGUGGAACCCGCUGAUGCAGAUUCCACCUACAGUGCCAAGGUGAUACUGUUGUCGUGCCCUGACCUCCAGAAGCUGUACUGCCAAACGUGCACCUUGGCUGAGGCCCCAAAAGAGACAGCUGAGGUUCCUCAACAUCCCACCAAACUGAUUAAGUUCUUGGUGGGGAUGAAGAGCCAGGAGGAAGCCGUGCUGAUUGGAGGCUCUUGGUCUCCUUCCCUUGAUGGCACAUGUCCAGAUAAGGAUCCCAGAGUAUUGAUCAAGACUGCCAUUCGUACCACCAAGUCCCUGACUGGCAUUGACCUGAGCGCCUGCACUCAGUGGUUUCGCUUUGCUGAGAUUCGCUACCAUCAGCCUGGAGAGCUCCGUGAAGGGCGGCUGCUCCCAGCCCGUGUGGAGACUGUGGUUGUAUUUCUGCCGGAUGUUUGGCAUUGCCUCCCUACUCGCUUGGAGUGGGACGCACUGUCCCUGGGAUAUACGCAACAGCUGACUGACAGGGAGCAGGCAGAGCACAAGGACACGGACCGAGAUGAGACUGAAGAGAAGAUGGAAGAGCAGGGAGAAGAUGCGCUCCCCACUCCAACCCAGUGGAGCAGUCUGGACCUGAAGACAAUGAAAGUGGAAGACUUCCGCAGGGAGCUGAAAGCAAGGAAUCUGAGCUCCAAGGGGACGAAAGCUCAGCUUGUGAGCCGUCUAGAGAAAGAGCUGGAAGAGGAGGCAGCAAAGGAAGAGAUUGAGAAGGAUGAAACCGCAGACCAGAAGGAGGCAGAAAUCGAAGCAACAGAAGAAAAGAGCUCUUCCAUGGAGGAGCAGAAGGAGGUUGUUGAGGGGAAGCAGUCUGAAGAUUCUGCCGCUGUGCCGAAGCAAGAGCCUCGCUGCCCCCUCCCUGCUGAGCCUGCUGUGAUUGUGCGUCCCAAUCGUUCCACUAUGGGGGGCAAUUUUGGCUGUGCUGUUCUGUCUUUGAGUACACUGAGAAGCUACCGCAAUGAUUCCAAAGGCCAUUCAUUUGAGGUUUUGUGGCUUGCUGAGCUGUUUGGUGAGAUGCUGCAAAGGGACUUCGGGUACACCAUCUACAAGGCCCUGCUUGCAUUCCCAGAGAGGAAGCCGGAGGAGGUGGAGGUGAAGCCGAAGGCAGCAAGUGCCAAUGAAGAUCAUGGAGAAAAAGAUCAGAAGGAGAUUGAGCAAGAGGAAAAGUUAAAACAGCCUAAGGAAGAAACUGAGGAGGCGAAGGAAGCAGAGGAGCUGAUGGAGGCAGAGGAGAUGAAGGAACCAAGUGACAUGCCAGCUAAAGCCACUGCAAUGGAAGAGGAUGAGAACUGGGACUGGGAGCUGACAAAGCCAGAAGAGGGGGUGACUAAAGAAAAGGAUGUAAAAGAGAAAGAGUCUGAAGAUGAUGCUCUCCUACAGAUUGACGAUGUUCUGCUCCUGGAGGAAAACGAGGAGGACUUUGGCAUCUCUAACGUUGAUGAGAAAAAGCCAACUGGGAAAGGGAACGACGCGGAGAGUGAAUCCAUUAAAGAGAUGGAGAAGGAUGUCAGUCAGAUGGUGUCACUGCGCAAGGAUCUUCUGCUUGCCUUCAUCUACUUUGACCGCAAUCUGUGUAGUUACAUUCUAGAGAAAGACCUGGAGCAAAUUUUGUGCACCUUGGGACUGCACCUGUCCAGAGCUCAGAUUAAGCAGCUGCUGGGGAAGGUGUGCUCACAGAACAUGUGUCUUUAUCGAACCCUUACCGAUGGCUGGGAAGGAGACCUGGAGAAACUGGAGAACAAGAGUCUUGUGACAGAGGACAUGCUGCUAGGUAACCAGCACCUCUUGCCAACCUGCCCCACUGUCACUCCCAGUAAACCGAGGACCCGGUCUGGAGACAACAGCCUGAUUGAGUACAAUGGCAACAUGGUUAAUGUUGGGAACUUGAUCCAGAAAUUGGAGCGAGAUGAGAGGAACCGCGCAGAGAUGGAAAACAAACUGCAAUCAAUGGAGUCCCAGUUGGCUGAAACUCUGGGCAAGCUGUCUUCAAAUGACAGCGUGAACAAGUCACUGAGCUCAGGGAUGCAGGAGAUGCAGAAACAGGUGUCUGAACUGGAGGAUCGAGUGAAGGCAGCAGAAAAACUCAAGAUAUUCUAUGAACUGCGGCUCCAGGACAACACCAGGAACCUCAACUCUAUGAUUGAGGAGAUUCAGCGCAUCAUUAAAAAGAACAACGCAGUGACGGAGAAGAAGGAGAAGUGAGAAAGGGGCCUCGUCCCCAGAGAGAGUGUGUGGACUCCUUGAUAGAAUACAGUGAGCUAGCAUCAGAUUCGUAUAUUGUGACCUGCUUGAACCCUUGCUUUCCUAAUCUUAUUAAGGCCGAACACAAAUACCAAGUGACUCCAAACUGCAAGUUUGCUGAAUUGUGCCGUGUGUUUUGAUUUUUACAUUGGUCCUGUGCAUCAUAUUCAGGAUGUACAAUAGGGGAACAGAGAUCGAUGUGUAUAUUUGUGUGUAAACAUCUGUGUUUUAGUGGUGCCCUCAGCGGGACCUGCUCUCUCUUUCCCCCAUGUCUCCUCCAUUGGAGCCAGGGGUGUCGGCAUGGUCUGGGCCUUUGCCCAGUCCAGGUGAGUCUGUCGAGGCUUCAUUUCCCCAUGUAACACAUGGCAGGGCUCACUAGAGAUAACAGCAUUCCCUGGACCCUUGCUGGGUGCAGGCGACUGAUUGUUGGACCUGACCGACCAGAACAUUCACUGAGCAAACAAUUUCAACCUCCUCUCCAGCUCUCCCCCUAGGCUGAGGCUUGUGGGAAUAGAUUUCUCUCCCUCCACAGCUGCCUUUCCUUAGACCCUUGUUACCCCGUCCUCUGUCAGGAUGUCACAGUAUUUACAAUAUAAAGAUUCUUCACUGUUUUUAAAA